CAAAUUUACCAACUAGUUGAAUGUACCUUGUGACUCUCCGUAGCUAGACGUCGUCGACGUUUCGGCGGGUAGUGUAAAAUAUCAACAAAGUAGCUGAAACAUGGAGACAAACGGGGAAGAGCAAAUUAUUGCCCAGCGGGGAAACACAAAGGAUCAAACUAAUAACGCAACAGAGGCAGAAUCGCGGUCGACGGGUCCAAAGAAUGAUUCGCAGCUGUUUGGCCGGCCGGAGCCAGAAAUGAAAAGGCUACUGCUGUUCAAUAAAGUUGUGGAGAAAAGCUUGCAGAAGUUUAUAUUUGAUGCUAGUUUCCACAGAUUUGCACGCACGUUCCAUCCGUUCUACAAGAAGGACCCUCAAUUGACAGAGAACAUUCACAAGCAGUUCAUAGAAGAUUUGCAGAGAACCAUACAGGAGGAUAUCAACAAACUGAUUGAAGAGGGGGAGCUGCAGUGUAAGCUGAAUGAGUUGGACAACCUAGAAGAGAAAGCCAAGGACAGCUCAGAACCAGCAUGGCGUCCCAGUGGAGUUCCUGAGCAGGACCUGUGCAGCUUCGUGAUGCCAUACUACCUGAAGCAGAAGGCCUUCCUUCAACAAGAGCUGAAGAGGAUCCAGAAGGAGAACGCUGGUCUGGCUCAGAGAGUGCAGGCGGGCAGGGAGGGUCUUACUCAGACAGAGCAGCGCAUCACAGCAGCUGUGGAUGAGUGGAAGGCAUCUAUCAGUGAAUUUCAGGCACAGGCCUCCUCCUUCUGCCCACCGGAUACCUUUGAUGUUUGACUGUUCUUUAUGAUCAAGCAUAAAAUCACACAAUUUUUCUUUUUUUUCUCUCUAAUUUUGACUAUAUGUAGCCUACAGUUAUACAUUUAUGUUUGUACAUUUUAUCCUGAAAUAAAUGCCAUCGGCUAAAGACACAAUGUAAUUUUUUUU